CGGCCUCGCGCGUCCCCCAGCGUGGCGAGGAGCUGCCGUCGGCGGGACUUCCGUGUUGGCGGGAUUCUGAACGCUGCCAUGGCUCAGACCGUGCAGAACGUGACAUUGUCCCUCACUCUGCCCAUCACGUGCCACAUUUGCCUGGGGAAGGUGCGUCAACCUGUUGUAUGCACCAACAACCAUGUGUUUUGUUCCAUUUGUAUCGACUUGUGGUUGAAGAAUAACAGCCAGUGUCCAGCUUGCAGAGUCCCUAUCACUCCAGAAAAUCCUUGCAAAGAGAUUAUUGGAGGAACAGGUGAAAGUGAACCUAUGCUAAGCCCUACAGUCAGGAAGCACCUUCGGAGAACAAGACUCGAGCUACUCCACAAAGAGUAUGAGGAUGAAAUAGAUUGUUUGCAGAAAGAAGUAGAAGAACUUAAAAGUAAAAACCUCAGCUUGGAGUCACAGAUCAAGACUAUUCUGGACCCUUUAACGUUGAUGCAGGGCGGCCAAAAUGAAGACAAACAUCCAGCAGCAGAUAAUCCAAGUAAAACUGACCUGGAAACUGUAGCAGAGUGGAAGAAAAAACUCAGAACAGCUAAUGAAAUCUAUGAAAAAGUGAAAGAUGAUGUGACUAAGUUAAAAGAGGCAAAUAAAAAAUUGAAGUUGGAAAAUGGUGGCCUGUUGAGGGAGAAUUUACGACUUAAGGCCGAAGUUGACAACAGAUCUCCCCAAAAGUUUGGAAGGUUUACCAUUGCUGCUCUUCAGUCCAAAGUAGAACAGUACGAACGUGAAACCAAUCGCCUCAAGAAAGCUCUAGAACGAAGCGAUAAGUACAUAGAAGAGCUAGAGUCUCAAGUAGCACAACUGAAACAUUCAGAUGAGGCAAAGGGAGAGAUGGAUGCCCUUUGCCAGAGGGCACCCUCUGCAGAUGGCAAGGGGUCCAAAGGCAGCGACGAGGUUGCGGCAUCAAAGAGUCAGGGUGACAGUGCCAGGAAGCAGGCUGGCUCAGCCACCUCCAUUUCGGCUCCUCACCUGACAACACCUAGCAGCAGACUCGCUGACACCAGUUCUGUCAGACAGGAAAGCACCAGCAAGACUGAACCAAACUGUCCCAGGAACAAAGACAGGUACCCCAAGUCCACAGAGGUGCUGCUGGCUAUGAGGGAGGCACCAAUGGAUACUUAUUUGGAAGGAGAGUGGGGCAGUAAGCCAAGUGACUGCGCACCCUACAAAGAGGAAGAGCUUUAUGAUCUGCCAGCUCCUUGCACUCCUUUGUCCCUUAGCUGCCUUCAGCUCAACACUCCAGAAAACAGAGAGAACUCUGUAAUCAAAGGAGGAAGUUCCAAAAAGCAUGCAAACCAUCUGAGAAAACUGGUAUUUGAUGAUUUUUGUGACUCUCCAAAUGCCUGUAAUAACAAUUCUUCAGAGGAUGAUAUAAGUAGAAGCGAAAAUGAAAAGAAAUCAGAUCGUUUUGCUUCCCCCAAGUCAGGAUUUUGGGAUUGUUGCUCCACAAGCUAUGCCCAAAGCUUGGAGUUUGAAGGUUCAGAGGGGAAUAUAAUAGCAAAUUCUGUUGGGGAAAUACCUUCAAAAUUGAGUGAGAGGUCAGGCUCAUGCUUGUCUAAGAGACUAAAUUGUAUUCGCUCUCUUGAAAUGAACCGGACAAGAACAUCCAGCGAAGCAUCCAUGGAUGCUGCUUAUCUUGACAAAAUCUCCGAGCUGGAUUCCAUGAUGUCGGAGUCUGACAACAGCAAGAGUCCCUGUAGUAACGGGUUUAAGUCAGCGGAGCUGGAGGGGUCCUCAAAGUCACCUCGGGGCAGUGAGCUUCUGGAGGAACCUGACAAGCUGGAAGAAGGCCCCAAACUGAAUCUUUCCAAAAACGCUCUCACUCCCGACCAGUUAGAAAAUGGAAGCGAGUGGAAACCCACUUCUUUUUUUCUCCUCUCUCCCUCUGACCAAGAGAUGAGUGAAGAGUUUUCUCUCCACCCCACUUCUAAUUCAGGCGCCAGUGAGAUCAAACCCCAGAGCUGUUUGUUUCAGACAGAGUUUUCCCAGGGUGUUCUGUUGAGUGGUUCCCAUGGACUGUUUGAAGAGCAGAGGUUUGGGUCUUCUUUAUUCAAGAUGUCCUCAGAGAUGCAGAGCCUUCACAACCACCUUCAGUCUCCGUGGUCCACUUCCUUUGUGCCUGAGAAGAGGAGUAAGAAUGUGAAUCAGUCAACAAAAAGAAAGAUACAGAGCAGCCUUUCCAACGCCAGCCCGUCCAAAGCAACGAAAAGCUGACUCACCAGAGAGAUGUCCUUGUGGCUUUGGCCUGAGCGGGGUGUGGAUGCUUUUAAUAUUACUGUAGUCACUUCAUGAAGGUUCUAUAAAAUCCCGAACUGAUAACCUUCAAUGAAGUGUCAAGUCAGAGAGGUGGGUUUACCUGUUUCCAGGGCACUUCAUCUUGAAGAAACUUUGGUCUUUUCAUUGGUGAUCUUUCUUACCAGAAAGGUUAGGGGGGAGGGUUUCAUUUGUCUCUGUAUUGUUUGUUGUUUUGUUUUAAAUGAAUGUUUAUAUAUCUGUAUUGGCUAAAUGUUGUUAUCUCAUAUUUAACUGUUAAGUAUGGUGGCCUGUUAACUGUCCUCAGAACUUGUGUUUCUUAGAACCUUUGGUAUUGUGUGCACCAUUCUUUAAAGCUAUUUCUAGAGUGGAAAUGAUUUUGUAUGUCCUUUUUUUAUUUAUGUUUAGUGUUGGCCUAAUUAUUAUGUAAGGCCAUGCUGGAGAAAUCGUACUCUGACCAUAGAGUAUUCACUAACUUUUUCUUAGGUUUUACAUAGUUACUUAUAGCUUGUUUCAUUGUGUCCUGUCCAUUUUGUAUGUGUGUGUGUCUCUGUGUGUGUGUGUGUGUGUGUGUGUAUGUGUGUCUGUGUGUGUGCAUAUGUAAAGUUAGAAACUGUUAUGUAUUGGCAGGCAUGGAUCAGUUGGGUUGGGAGGAACUUGAACAUCCUAGCUUCAUUUUCCAGAUGUGUAGGUAGAAAAGCAGUCUGUUAGGUUUUUGAUCCAUUGUGUCACAGGGAGCCUUUUAUGUGAUAAAGUUCUUGUUUGCAUGUCACUGUUCACUGGGAACUGUACGCAUGGGAGCCUUUUUGCUUGCUCCAUUCUCCAUCCAGAGGAAAAAGAAGUUCCUAUUGGCUAAUAGAAUAUCGAUUAUGUAGAACAAUUUUUUUUUUUUUUUUUUUUUGUGAAAAGUAACAAGUGGGAAUGGGAAUAUGUAAGAGCUAAGCACAACUUUUAGUUUAGGCUUUAAAAAGUACAUUAUUUUAAACAUGUUUGGUAUGCCCAUAUAGGCUGUAAAAAUGUGUAUGCUAAUAACUUAUCUAAUGUGCACUGAACAUUUUACAUGUAUUGUCUUACCUUAACACUGCAUGGUUUUUUAUGUGAAGUGAAUAAAGGAUGCCAUAUGCA